UCGAGCUGGACAUCUCUUUAAACUACAUCCUUGGUGUUAUUGUUGAAACUCUGUGGAAGACGCACAACGCCGCGUUCAUUUUCUGUUUAUUUAGGUUUUUUAACUCGUGACAACUGCGACCUCAGAGAGCAUCCGACAGCACCUGUAAAGCAGUGUUGGUUAUUCUGAAGAAUGGAUAUACUGGACAACAUGGGCGAGGAGGAGAUGGAGUUAGAGGGAUCAGCCAACAAACCAGCAAUUAUAAACAUCAGCCUGGAUGCCUCCACAAAUGACACCAACAUGACCUUUUCCCCCUAUUAUCAGCACUCGCUGUUUGUGGCUGCCAGCUACAUCCUGGCCUACUUCCUCAUCUUCCUGCUGUGUAUGGUGGGAAACAUCCUAGUUUGUCUGAUUGUAAUGGAAAACCGUCGUAUGCGCACAAUCACCAAUCUCUUCAUCCUCAACCUGGCCAUCAGUGACCUACUGGUGGGCAUCUUCUGCAUCCCUACAACACUGGUGGACAUCCUCAUCACAGGUUGGCCCUUUUCCAACACUGUGUGCAAGAUGAGUGGCUUUGUGCAGGGAAUGUCUGUCUCUGCAUCGGUCUUUACUCUGGUGGCCAUAUCUGUUGAAAGGUUUCGCUGUAUAGUUUUCCCUCUCCAACCCAAGCCCACCAUCCUCGUUGCCAAGGCAGCCAUUGUGUUGAUCUGGUUGCUAGCAGUGGGGAUCAUGUGUCCUGCGGCUAUGGCAUUGACUGUGGAUGAAGUUCCUUUCCAUGCGAUGGUGUACAAUGAUGACUUCAACCAGACGUUCCCCAUGUGCAGCUGCUAUGAGAACUUUUCCAACUCUCAGAUGAGAAAGGUCUACACCGCGGUUCUGUUCGCUCACAUCUACCUGGUGCCGCUCACCGUCAUCACACUGAUGUACGGAGGUAUCGGAGGUAAACUGUGUUCUUCUAUGGUUGCAAACCGAGAGCCCCAGCUGGCCAACGUCAUCGUCCAGGUUGGGCGUAGGAGGGCUGGUCAGCAUAUGAUUUCCCAGAAGAAGGUCAAGGUGAUAAAGAUGCUCAUCCUGGUGGCUUUGCUUUUCAUGCUGUCCUGGCUGCCACUCUGGACUCUCAUGAUGAUGACUGACUACGCAGGCUUGGACAGGGAUCAGCUGGACCUCCUGACGAGCUACAUCUUUCCCUUCGCCCACUGGCUGGCUUUCUCCAACUCCGGCAUUAACCCCAUCAUUUAUGGCUACUACAAUGAGAACUUUAAGAGGGGCUUCCAGGCGCUGUGCAAGUCCAGGCCCUUCUGUGGACUUUUCCAGUGCGAGCAGUGGGAAGGGGUGGCCAAGAGGGGCAGGACAGGCCGGCCUAAUCAAGCACCCUGUGGAGGUAAUGACUUCAGAGAUGCCACGAACAAUCACAACCAUCUUGUCAUUGGGCUGAGAAAUCGAGUCCAUAACGUCAACGAGACGGCAGAAACAGCCGAUGUGAAUAGAAGUGAAAGAGUGGGGUGUGUGGUGGUCCACACAGAGAGAAGUCUUUCAGAUCAAGGGUUAGAAAUUACAGCUGCACAUAAGAAAGGCAGUAACAGUGAGGAGUCGGAUAAGGUUGGUUCACGGGCAGCCUCAAUGUGUCAGGCAUGGGAUAACUGAGUGUUCACAAUAUUUAAAAGAAAUUAAUGAACAAAGCCAAACAUCUUUCCUGUAAACAUGUGCUCUGCCAAUCGGGGACAGCGCAGAUGACUCCACUAGAAGUAGCACCAUGUACCUUGAGGUUAUUUUAUAUUUCCUCAUUCGUGCCUAGCCCAACAUGUCAGUCAGCGGGCAAACCAAUUAGUUUAGGCUAAGAGCAACAGGCGCCAAUUCCCUAACCUCAAACCUCCAAUAUAGAUAAUGAAGGUAGGUAAUGCCCGUUGGUGUUGUUGCUCUGAAGGCAAAAUAAUCCCUUUUUAAGGCAAAACUUGUGUGCAAUUAACAGAAGCGUCGCAAUAACGUAAGCCUUCAUUAUUUUAUCAGUACAAUAUUGUGUUGACAUUUUUAAGAGC